AUGCAUGUCACGGAAAAAAACAUAGAGGAAAGUGUAAAGAGAGGGAAGGAUGUUUGGAAAAGUGUUGGGAAGGAGUUCAAUCAAUCAAUCAGUGGCUUGUGGUGCUCAGAGAUCAGUUCAAAUCUAAGCAAAGACCAGUGCUGUAUAUCUCUGACAGGGACACUCAUGAGCAGGUCUUUUGUUUCAGGGCUCCUCCUCUGGUGAUGGGAAACUACGCGAAGCCGAGGACAAACUAUGGUUUUGUUGAUGUAAGACCAAGAUUAUCGAUUGAGAUAUACUCCAGUGUUGUUGUCUUGGGUGGGAAAGCCUGCUAACGUCAAUGUUAGCAACUAGCCUGUACGUGUAAAUGCUUUGCACUAGAAUGGACCUGUUGAACUCUCAGUUCCUGGACAAGAUGAACAAUAACAUUGGGAGACUGCACUAUGACGAUGAGUCCAGGAUCCCCUCCCUGUCUACUGCUGAGUCCACCAUAUCUGGGCCAUCCCAACACUGCCAAAACAAACGGAAGUAUGGAGACGAACAAAUGGAGAACAGACUCAGCUGUGAUGAUGAUCACAUGACCAAAAUGAGCAGAAUGUUUGCAACUCAUCUGGCACGUCCCUCUGCUGGAGACAACCGCAAUCAGCACUGGAGCCUCAGUCACAGUCCUGUGGAGCAUAUUACUUCUUCCUCUAAUGGUGUCCACGGGAACCACCCAUAUGCAUCCAUUUCUGGCUACGCUGUAGACCAGCCUCUGGCUCUGACCAAAAGCUAUAAUGACACUGAAGUGUCAAGGGGUGCCAUAAGUGUUCCCACGCAGCAGCAGCAGAAUCGGCCCUCAGUUAUCACGUGUGCUCCAGCAAGUAACCGGAAUUGUAACCUCUCGCACUGCCACAUGAAUGGGUGCCCUCCAACUCCACCUGAUGAGAGAAAGACCAAUGCUAAGACAGUAUGCGACCCUGUUAUUGAGGAGCACUUCCGUCGCAGCCUUGGAGAAAACUACAAAGAAGCUGAGGCUGUGUCCAAUUCGGUGUCCAUCACAGGUUCUGUGGAUGACCACUUUGCAAAGGCACUGGGUGACGCCUGGCUUCAGAUCCAAGCCAAGGGUACAGGCCACCAAACUCCAGAGAGUGACCCAGAUGGUGGCGUGGGGAAAAACAAUUAUUUCAGUUUCUGAGUGGUUCAUGUGAGAGUGGAGAAUUCUCACUUCUUGCCCAGAAUCAACUUCUCCUAGCCAAGAACAGUGUCAGACAUGUGGUGCUCAUAUAGGUGGUUCUGGAGCUUAAGCUCAAUCUUUUACAACACUCGGCUCAGUUUUGUCAUUUGAAAUUGGCAAAUUUUGCCCAAAAAGGAAAAACUUAGUUUUGAAUCAUUUCAUCAUUGUAGGAAAAUGCAAAAUUAUAUUUUAAAUCUUAGAAUAGAGAUUCCCAAAGUUGUCAGUUGUCGACACGACAUCUUUUUCACGUGCCUGUCAUCUGCUUUGAUAGCCAAAGACUUUUCCUGCCUUUUUCCAUCAGCCUAUAAGCCAUAUAUCCAUCCUUUCAUUGUCACUCUGAUCACACUGCUUUCCAUUCAAUAUUACUUGAAAAUAUCUCUUUUGCACUAUUAUGUUCUUGACCUUUGGGGUAGUAGGUUACCUGUUGGAAGUAAUAUGUGCAACAAUGCGUUUUGAGAUUUAAAUGAGAAGGUUAAGGCCUUGGCCUUGUUGCUUUCAGAGAACACUAGAAUAAACCAUCCUUUUUACUAUGGUGAACUGGAGUUAUCCACUGUUUAAGAACGUUAGUUUGCUUAUACAUUCACUAAGUCUGAUUACUUACUUCCACUAAAAUCAAUCAUAGCCAGACCUUAACUAGAAAGCAUGUUUAAAUAGCUGGUUUCUAUUACAAACUUUAUCCUGUACUAUGUAUUUAGCCAGAUUUUAUUUUUAUCUAAUAUUUUAGGAAUAGUCACUGCUGGUACAGUUGUACUCCUUGUAUUUUUUGUAUCUGGUUUUAUUCAUGACUCUUAUUUAGGUGCAUAUCUUAGCAUCCAUCAACAAAUCGCAGCCUCUGGCAAGGCUGUCUUCGCAGUUUUUCCAGCUGCAUUAUUCUUGUUGCUCUGCAGAGCUGGAUGUUGUAGCUUAGCACAUCACUGAAUACGGCCAAAUCUCAUCCUAUGUAUAAUAGUUGAUAAGCAGUGACUUUAUUUAUUCUCAGCAUGUUGAGUUUUGUAGUGAAAGUUUUGCUUCAUUAACAAAGAAGUUGAUUUCACUUUGCAAUAUUAAUACAAAGUUAGUUUUUUUAGAGGUCACAUCAGUUGCGUUUAGCGAGUACUGUUACAAUAUUGUGUAUGUGUCCCCCCCCUAAAUCUAAAAGGCGUCAUAAUGUUGCCAAAUUGUUUGAUUAAGGAAGUGGGGCUUGAAAGACCAAAUUUCUGAUGCGGUUGAGGUUUAUUAAAGGUCUAUUUAAUCUUUAUUGAAGUCUUCUUACCAAUCCAACUUUUUCACACUUUUCAUAUUAAAACCAGAAGUUAUAUAAUACUGGGAUCUAAUAUAAUGGGAUUCAAUGUAAUAAAACAACACUAAGUAGUGCAAAAUUGUGAAGUGGAAGGAAAAUAAUAUUUUACAUCAUUUUUCACAGAUAUAAAAGUGAAAAGUGUGGCGACUAUUAUUUGUCGCCCUCCUGGAGGAAUAAUUUAUAGAUCCAUCGUGCGGUCUAAUGUUGAAAACCUAACUUCAUUGGAAUUGGCCGAUAAAAUGUGAUGAUUCUGUCUCGUCUGGCUACUGCAUAUAUUUUUUUUUAUUUGAAAGGUUUUUAAACUUGUUCACAUUCUGUUGAAGUAGAACCACAAACAAAACUGUGUUUUAAUGGGAUUUUACAUGAAAGGUCAAAAAAAGUGUUGCACAUAAUUGUGAGGUGGAGGGAAAAGGAUACAAAUUGACGCAACAUUUUUACAAAUGUGUCCACUGCCUUGUUUUAAUACUUCCUGAACUGAUUGGAUCGUUCUAACACAUGAAUGUUUCAUUUUUAGCUCUGGCUGUUUGGUCCUAAUGAAGGUCCUAAUGAAUGUUAGUCUUUAGCAGCAUCAAUCAGCCUUUGUUUCUGGGUUUCACCUGUUUUUAGUUCUAUCCAUCUUCCCAUCAACACUGAUCAGCUUGCUUCUCCGUGCUGAGGAAAACCAUCCAUUCGCCAUUCACGUGUGCCAACAAGCUUAAUUUUGGUUUCAUCUGAGCAGAGCACCUUUUUCUAUGUUUGUUUUGCUGACAGAUUCUCCCACCUGAGCUGUGGACCUUUGCUGCUCCUCCAGUUACCAUGGGUGUCUUGGCUGCUUGUUUGACAAAUGCUGACUUUGGCCUCUUCUCUUUCCAUUUUCAGAUGAUUGAUUGGACAAUACCCUGUGAGAUGUUGGAGGUUUAUGAGCUAAUCCUGCUUUAAACAUCUCCACAAAUGUCUUCCUGACCUGUCUGCUGUACUCACUAAUGUUCUCUAACAAACCUCUGGAGCCUUCACAGAACAGCUGAAUUUAUACUGAGAAUAAGUCACACAAAGUGGGACUAUUUACUAAUAAGACGACUUCUAAAGUCAGUUGGUUGCACUAGAUUUUAUUUAGGAAUGUCAGAGAAAUGCACACCAUUCUUUUUGGAUUUAUUUGUAAGAAAUGUUUAAAACAUACCAUUUUCUUCCACUUCACAAGUAUGGGCUACUUUAUUUUAGUCUUAUUACGUAAAAUCUCAGUGAAUUACAUCAAAGUUCAUAGUUCUAAUGUGACAAAAUGUGAAAAAUCUGGGGUAUAAUAAUACUUUCCCAAGGCACCACAUGUAGUAGUGUCACUUUUUUGACAUUGUGAUUUAUCAAUUAACAGUUUAACACCCACAUUUUAAUUGAUAUAAAACGUUUUGUAAGUUGUUAUAUAAUCUUUUCUACUUUAUUUUACACAUCCAAGACCAUCAUUGCGCAGAGCGGAAUGAUCAACAUUUGGUUUCCUUUCAGACUAGUCUAGAAUGACACGAUGCAGCCUGUCCUCUUAAAUUUUCCAUUGUUUUUCUUUAAUCAGUGCAGGAACACAACAGUUUUCUGACAUUGAAGCUUGCUUUGUGCAGAUUUCUGUAACAGUUUGGAGUUUAAGCUUACUGUAUGUAUUUGUAGAAGUGAGGGAUUGUUAUGGGAUCUGCUUGUUUGACACAAGUUAGUUUCACUAAUGUAUUUGGCGAUAUUAGGCCUGUAUUUAAUGAUUGAGUUUCUGCAUUUAAAGACAGUAUAAAGUUCUGGUUUUAGAAAAAUGUAAAGGGUUUUUCAUCUUCAUUUCUCUGGAAGAAAACACUUUUUGUACUUAAAUAUUUUCAAAAUAAACUUAUAGUACUACGUU